AUGGAUAAGCUUUAUGAAAUAUCUCUACGAGGCGAUGUUAAGUCCCUCAAGGAGCUACUAAAUAAACACCCUCACCUCCCUCUUGAUACAACAUUUACAGGUAAUUGUAGAACUUCUUUACACAUAGCCGCUAUGUGUGGUCAUGUUAAGUUUGCAGAGGAGCUUAUAGGACGAAAUAGCCUACUUACAAGGAUAGAGGACUCACAUGGAUUUACGGCCCUUCACUUGGCUUCUGCGAGAAAAAGCUCUCUUAUGGUGGAAAAGUUGUUAGAUGGCAAUAACCAGGAUAUUUGUAUGUUUCAAGAUCAAGAUGGACGAACACCACUACAUUUAGCAGCAAUUGAAGGCCGAGUGAAAACUAUAAAAUUAUUACUUGAGAAGAACCCCGAAGCAGUUCACAGCCGAAAUGGUGAACAUGAGACCAUAUUACACCUUUGCGUUCAACAUAACAGUUUGAAGGCCCUAAAACUGUUGAUGAAUCAUUUGUCAUCAGAAGGUGCUAAUCCUAUAUCUGUCAAUUCUACAGACGCUUAUGGCAACACAAUUUUGCACCUCGCUGCAAAGAGGAAGCAGAUGGAGUGUAUGAAGUAUUUAAUGGAGAGCAAGGACUUCAAAAUUCACACAAAUGCCUUGAACAACGACUGCCUCAAAGCCCGAGAUAUGCUAACUCAGACAGAAAGAUAUGCUCUUGAAAUAGGGUACUACAAGAAAGAAGAAAAAACAUCUAAAGAAUGGAUGAUAGAGAGACUGAAUGCCUUAUUGGUGGUUGCAACAUUAAUAGCAGGAAUUGCAUUUCAAGCUGUUAUGAAUCCACCAGGUGGUGUUUUUCAAGAAGAUUCCACAAUCAAAGCUACUGACAACCCGGUUAUUUUUACUUAUUAUCUAGGGUCCGUGGCCAACUCUUAUGAGACUAAUCACUUUGAUAAAUAUCUAAAAAGACAACCAGAAGAUACCACCCAGAGCAAAAACAGAGAAAAGAUUAACACCAAUUUUGUUCGGGAACUAUUAAAAGCACUAGAGAAUGAGUCUUAUAGUGCUCGUGACGCUUUUGUGAAGGGCAGAUCACCCGGUAUUGUUCUGGAACAUGAAAAGUGGAACAAAAUCAUUUUCAAGUAUAAACCAAGGUUUGCCCCUUAUAUAAUACGCUAUGCUGGAACACCAACAUUGGCUUACAGAAACCCGAUGCUUUACAAAAUUUACAGGAUUAGUAAUGCAGUUGCGUUUUUAGUCUCUCUUAGCAUAAUCCUAGUAGUUAUAAUUGGGUUUAUAUACCAAAAGUCUAUCAAGCACAACACCAGAUAUCUGGUAGGAAUGAUGAUUGUUUCAACCUUGGGUUGGUUCAUAAGUUACAUAGUUGUUUUCAUAAGUAUGUCCCCGCCUUUUUACAGUUACCAGAAUGAUUUCAUGUUGGCAGUGGCAGUGAGCGUUCCCAUCUUGUCGCUUAGCGUGUGUGUUUACACCAUUUACUCUUGGUAUUUGAAGUCUAGAAAAGAAAUAUUAUUUGACCAGUUCCGGAAAGAAGAAAUCCGAGGUAUUGGUUCCAAGAAACACAUGGUAAAAACGUUCUUAAGGUCUAUCCCCGUUUACUGUUUCUUUAUUAUCGGCAUUUUGUCCAGCAGCGUAAUUUACAUUUUCGCAGUUAUUAAGCAAUAG